GACAGGUGUUUGUGAGGAAAGGGAGGGAAUUAAACAAUAAGUUUUAGCGCCAAAUAUCCAUUGAUUGGCUGUUUUUAAUGCACUUUAAUAUUGUCUCACAUUUUCUGGUAUUUAACAAUCAUUUUAUAAUUUGAAUGAAUGGUCCGAUAGUUGUAUAACUUAAGUGAUAAUCGAUGGACAAAAUGAAGACAAUUGAAGAGAGUUUCUCAAAGAUUGAGAAGAUUGGAGAAGGAAGUUAUGGAAUCGUCUAUAAGGCUAAAGACAAACACAAUGGAUCUCUUGUGGCACUCAAGAAGAUCAGACUUGACUCUGAGUCAGAAGGAGUUCCCUCGACAGCCAUCAGAGAGAUAGCACUUCUCAAAGAGUUGAAUCACCCGAAUGUAGUCCGACUUCACGAUGUGGUUCAUUGCGACAAAAACCUAUAUCUUGUGUUUGAAUACCUCAAUCAGGAUCUGAAGAAACUGCUGGACAGUACAAGUAGUGGUUUGGCCCGAUCUCUGGUCAAGUCAUAUAUGUGGCAAUUAUUGCAAGGCUUAGCCCACUGUCACUCGCAUCGAGUUCUUCAUAGAGAUCUUAAGCCACAGAAUUUGUUGAUUGACACAAACGGUAACAUAAAGUUAGGAGACUUUGGUUUAGCCCGAAGUAUUGGACUUCCCAUACGCACCUAUACUCACGAAGUGGUUACUCUUUGGUACCGAUCGCCCGAAAUACUACUGGGCUCUCACUUUUAUGGGCCAUCAGUUGAUGUUUGGAGUCUCGGUUGUAUUUUUGCCGAAAUGGUCACUAAAAGAGCUCUCUUUCCGGGAGACUCUGAAAUCGAUCAGUUGUUCCGAAUAUUUCGAACAUUAGGAACACCAGAUGAAAAAGUUUGGCCCGGAGUUAGUAAUUAUCCCGACUAUAAGUCAACAUUCCCUCAGUGGACCAAACAAGACAUAAGCAAACUGUUGCCAAACAUGGAAUCGGAUUCCAUUGAUCUGAUUGCGAAACUUUUGACAUAUGAUCCCAACCGAAGAAUAUCUGCGCGAAAGGCUUUAAGUCAUCGAUACUUCAAAGAUGUUUCGAUACGACCACCAGAUUUAGAUUAACUAUAAUAAUAAUACAUUUUUUACUAAUAAGUUUUAUAUUUUUUAAUUGAAUUCAAC